AUGGGUUCCAAUAGUGCCAUAUGCAGCAUCCUUGUUUUCAUUUUAAUGGUGCUGAAUUCUGUUCAUCAAUAUUCUGCAAUUGAAAUUGAAGCAAGCCAGACAGCAUUGCUUUUUGUUAAUACUUCUGAAGCAUCAGCAAAGGAGAUACCAGAAAACUUGUUUGGCAUAUUUUUCGAGGGACCUCAUAAUCUUGAUGACAUUAGAGACAGCUUCUGCAGAUUUGAAAGCUUUAGGACAGUGAGGAAUGAGUUUAUUGAAAAUUUAACCGAAAGCAUUACUGAGAAACAACAAAGUUCCUGGGAAAAGGUUUCGGAAUCUGAGAUGAAGAACUUUUGUUUCCUACUAUGGUCAAUUCAGUAA